UAAAUUUAUUUGCCUUUGGCUGAUUAUUGUCUGUCUGUGGAAGAUGAACUCUGUUCAAGCCCAGCGACCAUCAUUCGCUGGAGCCCGUCCACCGGGUGGCCUGACACAGAAGGAUAAAUAUAUUGGUGCCCAGAAUACGGCACUCGAGAAUCGUACGGGUGUGGAUAUAGCCACAAGAUUUGGCGAUUCGCCUUCGGGACAGCAAACCGCAACGCCGAUCAUUACUUUACCCUUUGGAGCAUCACAAAAGCCACCAGUUGGAGUGCCAUUGGUUUUGCCCACCAACAGCUAUGUUCCCUUGGGCACAGGAAUUAAUGGAAAUUCAAUUGUUUCGGAUUUCGGUGUAGCCAAUCGUUUUGGUGCCGCGGACAAUAAUAAUUCUGGUGUAACAUUUGCCAGUUCAUUGACUCCGGGAGUUGUUGCCGUACCAGCAUUUUCUCGGCCUCUUGCUGCCGUUCCUGCUUCUGUUGCUCCUGCUCCAGCUCCUUCAGCUGCCCCUGCCCCUGCCAAUGCAUCUUCAUUUAGCAGUUCUUCUCCUGCCCAGCAAUUGCCCAUCGAUGCUCAUGGGGAUCGUGAAUUAAUCAAUCAUCUGAAUCAAUUGCCAGUGGAGCAACGUCCCUUCUGGCUGAUCAACUAUGAAGCUAUCGAAGCAUUAAGAAACAGCUCCCGACCAAAUGUUGGAGCUUUACAAACGAGAGGAUCAUUUUUUGGUCGUUGAUUUUAAUUGAAGGCGGCAAUGCAAUGCUAUCUAUACGCUUAAUAAUUUAUUUAUUCAAGAAUAUAUAUUAAAAACAAA